AUGUAUUCGAUACAUUAGAGAAAGAAAAAUAAUAUCAACAGGCGUAUAUUUUUGUUAAGCUGCAUAAACUACAAAUUUAUUUAACUAUAAAUAAAUAUGACUCUCGAUGUCGAUGCUCAAAAGAAAGAUGAAAAACUACUACUUGCAACAAUACACCAGGAAUAUAAAAUUCUCGCGGAAUACAAAAUGAUUGAGUCAGAAAAGGUCUCAGGCAUCUAUGUAAUUCCGAGCUAUGCUAAUUCGUUGCAAUGGUUUGGUGUGUUCUUUGGUCGACAAGGUUUCUAUGAAAAUAGCGUAUUUCGAUUUUCAAUACUCUUGCCGGAUGGUUUUCCGCAGGAUAAAACCACUCCAGCCAUUGUUUUCCAACAAAACGUUGUGCAUCCACUUGUGUGUCCUUUCACAAACAGCUUAGACAUCAGUCACGCAUUCCCGGAGUGGAGAUGCGGAGAAGAUCACCUUUGGCAAGUGCUGAAGUACAUGCAAGUGAUAUUUGCCGAUCCCUUGGAAUGCAUACGUAGUGUGGGCAGUACCCAGGAGCUGAGCAACGUGGAAGCAAGCAAGCUACUGACCACUAACCGAGACGCAUUUGCUGCACUUGUUCAAGAAAGUAUUGCAGAGAGCAAAGCUCACAUCUAUGAUACGCCACCCACAGAGGAUCCGCAUUAUAUAGUAUUUGAAAAAUUCCAAGAGGACAUACAUGGACCAGUCUUAGAACAAAUACGAAACGGAAGGACCACAAAUUCGCCUGCAGAAAGUGGAGGCGGAGGCGCAGCCACUGGUCUAUCAUGGGUUAAAGUUAAAGAAGGCGAAUUUAAACCGUUAAGCAUUGAAUAGUCAUAACAAUCGAUGUAUGUGCGUAAAUUAUAUAACAUUCUAUUAGUUAAUUAA